UGCGCGACGCCGCGAGCGCGCCGGGGCGUUGCUGGGAAACAUCUGCCGACGCCUGCGGCGGGGACCCGGCGACAUGGCGGCGGCUGCGGCGCUGGCGCGGCUAGCGGCGGCUUUCCUCCUCCUCACGGCCCAGGUGGCCUGUGAGUAUGGCAUGGUGCACGUGGUGCCCGAGACAGGAGGCCCCAGAGGCAAGGACUACUGCAUCCUGUACAACCCGCAGUGGGCCCACCUGCCGCACGACCUCAGCAAAGCGUCUCUCCUGCAGGUGCAGGACUGGACGGCCUCCGUGCUCUGCUCUCCCUCCAGUCUCCCUGCCAAAGGCUUCACCAACCAGCUCCCCAUGGUGGCGCGGGGGAACUGCACCUUCUACGAGAAAGUGAGGCUGGCCCAGGGCAGUGGGGCCCGUGGGCUGCUCAUCGUCAGCAAGGAGGCGCUGGUCCCCCCAGGAGGCAACAAGACGCAGUAUGAUGAGAUCGGCAUCCCUGUGGCCCUGCUCAGCCACAGAGACAUGCUGGACAUCUUCCAGACUUUCGGCCAGGCGGUGCGGGCAGCGCUGUACGCACCCAAGGAGCCCAUGCUGGACUACAACAUGGUCAUCAUCUUCAUCAUGGCCGUGGGCACUGUCGCUCUUGGGGGCUACUGGGCCGGGAGCCGGGACGUGAGGAAGAGGUACGUGAAGCACAAGCGGGACGACGGGCCCGCGAAGCAGGAGGAUGAGGCGGUGGACGUGACGCCCGCCAUGAUUGGCGUCUUCGUGGUCACGUGCUGCUCAAUGCUGGUGCUGCUCUACCACUUCUACGACCAGCUCGUCUACGCGAUCAUUGGGAUUUUCUGCCUGGCCUCCUCCACAGGCCUCUACAGCUGCCUGUCACCGCUUGUCCAGAGGCUGCCGUUCUGCAAAUGCAGGGUUCCGGACAACAGCCUACCCUACUUCCACAAGCGCCCACAGGUCCUCACGCUGCUCCUGGCGCUGCUGUGCGUGGCUGUCAGCGUGGUGUGGGGCGUAUUCCGGAAUGAGGACCAGUGGGCCUGGAUCCUUCAGGAUGCGCUGGGUAUCGCCUUCUGCCUCUACACCUUGAAAACCAUCCGCCUCCCCACGUUCAAGGCCUGCACGCUGCUGCUGCUGGUGCUGUUCAUCUACGAUGUCUUUUUCGUGUUCAUCACGCCCUUCCUGACCAAGAGCGGGAACAGCAUCAUGGUGGAGGUGGCCACCGGGCCCUCGGACUCAGCCACCCACGAGAAGCUCCCCAUGGUCCUGAAGGUGCCCAGACUGAACACCUCACCGCUAGCCCUGUGUGACCGGCCGUUCUCCCUCCUGGGCUUCGGGGACAUCCUGGUCCCAGGGCUGCUCGUGGCCUACUGCCACCGCUUCGACAUCCAGGUGCAGUCCUCCAGGGUCUACUUCGUGGCCUGCACCAUCGAAGGACCUACCUCAGCCCGCCUGGGCGCCGGCUUCAGCCGACGGCCCGCAGCCCCGGCCCGACUCAGACACCGCCCCCUCCCAGCAGCCUCGGGCCGAAGAGCCGGCCCCGUCCCCCCGGCCCGCAGAGCAGUCCCCGGAACCGGCUGCGCCCGAGGAGACGGGCCAUGCAGUGCCCCUCCAGGAGCCGGAGAGCUCAGCUGGCCUCGCCCCGGAGCCCACGGGCCUGCCGGGCCCCUCGGCCUAGGGGAGGGGCGCAGACUCGGCCCCGCGCCUGCAAACUUGGUGCUCUGGUCUAGCGGAUGCGCACAUCCGGGCGGCCCGUGGCUCCUCGCUCUCCUCCAGCCUGGGACCCUCUCAGACCCCAGCCCUGCUCCGAGCUCUCGUGGCCGUGCACGCCCCGGGCCGGCUGAGGCCACCGCCAGGCGAGCAGGGGGUGGCAGUCGCCCGGUGGCUGCAGCUGCGCCCAUGUUUGGUGCUUAUCCCGCUGCUGCUUCCCUUUGGGUCCUGGGGCAGGAGAGGGAGGGGCCCUGCCUACUGAAGGAGGGCCGCCUUUGCCCGUCAGGGCCCCCCAGGGGUUUGGACUGUCCCUGGCUGGAUGGUCUGGACCCGCCUCUGGGUUGGGGGCCUUGAGGACAGCCCUGGUGAGCGGCCAAGCCUUGCUCACGCCCUUCCAUCACCUGGGAAGUGCCCAGCGCCUGUGCUCCAGCUCCUCCACGUUUUAAUAAACAGCCACGACUUUUUGAAAUUCUGGUAGUGUCGCCUCUUGGGGUGCGAGUCCCCCGGACUGCCCCUCAGGCAGGCCAGGGCGCAGCUGCCCCUCAGUCCUCUCCGGUUGGCCCCAUCUUGCCUUUCAGCUUCGAGGAACUCGCCCCCAUCCUCGCUGUGGGUACCUGCACGCUCUUCAGCACCCCACCCACUGCACGCACCUCGCCAACCUCCAGCUGCAGCACAGGCGGGGAGCUUCUGGAAGGUGGGAGGAUGUUCUGGAACUGGCAUUGCGUCUUCUACCUCACGGACAGGGUUCUCCGAACCUCACGACAGAGAUGCCGCCGGCCCCCCGUGUGAUGGCUUGGCAACUGAGUCGGGGCCUGGACAGGCGCCUGGGGCUGCUGACUGCCAGGGCCCUGCCUGCUCCCUCCCGUCCACGACGAGAGGUGAGGGCACAUAGACUCCCUGGCCCUAGCAGCCCGGCUCUGUGUCCCGCAUAUCCCGUGGCUGUGCUGCAGAGAGAGAGCCGGCGGGCCCAACCAUGAUCCAUUCCAAACAAUACCAGCGCCAGACAGACUCACUGUCUCUGUCGGCCAUUCCUCUUGAGGGAGAAAGGGUGUUUAUGGCUAAAAAACAGAAGAUGUCUUCCACCUGUUUGUGUGUUUCUUUAAAAAGAACGGGCGGCCUGACAGGUGGGGGAGCAGUGGAGUAGCUGGGCCUACUGGCCCUACAGGAGGUGCUGGCCUUGGAGGCCGUGACCCCGGAUGCAGUCACAGGGCAUCCUGGGGCGAGGGCCCGAGUGGACCCCCCACCCUCCCUCUAAGGACUGCGCCUUCCUCUAAGCCAUUUUGUACAUCGGUGUAAGAGUGUGGAAUCUUUCUUUUUUCCUCUCUGUUUUGGAAGUUUGACGAAUGUCAAGGAAUUCAAAGGCAGAUGUUAGUUCCUGAAGUUUGCAGUUUUGGCCUUGCUUCUGUUGGAACCUUACAAUUAAACACAGCUUUUGAUAUGUG